AUGGAGGGACCUCCGCUGAUGUGCCGUCAAUCUGUUGAUGAGGACGAUGUGCAAGGUCUUGGAUAUGGUGUUGGUGACGGAGGAGGUGGACCGUUCUCUAGAGUUCUUCUGGAGCCAAAUGUUCAUGAUGUGAUGAGUAUGGAACUUGCUCACCAUGAUAUGGGCGGUUAUUUGGAUCCUAGAAGCUUCGGUGGAGGUUCACUCGGAUUCGAUGAUUAUAACGGGUCGUCGUCACUGUACGACGUCAAUACUUUUGGUGACGAAAUUUCAAACGAACAGAAGUGUUUGUUCACAAGCGAUGGCUCAUCGUUCACUCAAGUGAAUUCUAACGCUCACGUGAAACUGGGUGGACGAGUGGAACAUUUCGCCUCUUCGAUUGCUAGCAACAAGUACGAAGGCACGGUUAGACUUGAUCAAUCAAGAAAUGUGCCAACGUAUCCUGUGAAAACUGCAAACCCUUCAACGUGCACGCAGUAUGCUCCCGUUAGGACAAUAAUCGGUCUGCCGAAGAGCAACAUUAUACGGACUGGUCUCGGAGCACCAGCUACUCUGCUCCUCAAUCUGUAUCUAGUCAACACGAACGUAAACCACAAUUGGGAGCACAUCUAUGACGAAACUUUAAGCAUUUCUUGUCGUCUGGAAAACGCAUGUCUUCAUCCGCUAUCACUUGAUCUUGAUGAACCAAGGGCUCUGUCAAGUAGCGGUUCAACGAGCUCGGCAUCUACCGGGACACAUUUGUCUAGUGCUCUAUUCACAUGUGAAUCGUGUAAGAAGUCAGUUUCGUCGCUGCGUAGUCUGAAACGUCACCACACCACUUGUAAGCAAUACAUAGCUGAAAAUGGUCCACCUCCUGAAAGCGACCACUCAUCUUCCAAGAGACACUGUCCGUCGUCAUUUAACGACGAUUUACUCACGCUAGCCAUAGUGAAUUCUUCUGUUUCUGGCGUUGUGAAACCCUCUUCGUGCUCUUUACCCCAAGCUUCGCGAUCUGCAGCUGUAGUGACUGUGAUGUCGAAGCGUGAUCAUCUUCACCUUGAUCCGUGUCCCAGAGCUCCUUCGCAGUUUCCGGUCGUCACGUCAUCGUCGUGCUGUUGUUCGCUCUUUGUAUGCGACUGCACUCCGUCAACCUCUCCUGAGCAGUCCGUGUCGUGCGCUCCGAAGCUCGCUGCAAGCAAUAACACGUGUGAGGAUUGCAAUCGUCAGUUGUGUUCGGCUAGCAAUCUCAAGAGACACCGAGCCACAUGUAAAAUCGUCAUGCAGAAACAGUAUUCUAAAAACGGUGGAGUUGUCUCUCCAGUGUCGAAGCCUAUGCAGCAGCAGAAGUGGCAAUCUGUGGAAAUAGCUGCCCGUGAACGGAUGAUCAUCGACCGUUCAUAUGCAGCUGCAAUCGCAGCUAGCCAAGAGGCUCAGCAACAGGUUUCGCAGCACUCGCAAAUGGUGAAUCGAGCGAAUUCGGAUAGUAAUGCAACUUUCGUUGUGGUUCAAGACCAAGGCGUCGUCGGAGAAAGACCAUGGAUAACUGUUGGAGAACAUCUGCGCGCUCAGCAUAUGCAGCAAAAGGUACUCGAAGCUCAGAGUAUGCAAAAUCAGAACACUGCAGUUUCUUCUGCUGAUUUGCCGUCGGAGCCUUGUGAGACUGAUGAUGCGACGAAGCUGACUGUAAUUAAAGAGGAGCAUGAGGAACAUAAUCAGGACGAAAACGUGAGCGUGGAGGAAGAAAAACCUCUGGACCCUUCGCAUAUAGCGGAUGCCAAAUCAUCCAUGUCAUCUUACAAGUGCACUAACAUUAUUUCUCGUCUUCCAAUGUCUACGCACCCGAAUGCAGUCAUGCGCUCCGCCUCUACUGUCGAGCAAAAACUAAUUCUUGACGUCAAGUCCGCUAUAGGAUCGGGAUCCCAGUCUUCGCAAUGCACAUCAUCACCGCACAUAACUCCUCUCGAAAGUAUUAUUACGACGCGGCCGUUGCUUAGUGAACGUCUCACUACCUCGUUUGGGACACCACGAGAAAGUGGUGAGCAUCGUAGUUCGGAUUCUAUACAAACAAGCGUUCCUGCAGGUGGAUCUGUAGCGAAAUUAUCACCCAGUCGCCAACCAACUUUACUCUCCUCUGAAUUCCAGUGUCCAGAAUGCAUGAAAACAUAUUCAUGUCGAAAGAAUGUGAAGCGCCAUCGUAUGGCUGUGCACAAGCUGUCACAAGAAGAGGUGUCGAGACCAGUGGGUGCUUCACAUUCCAUAGGAAACGUUGGAGACUCUUCCUCUAUUCCACAACUUGGGCAGCAACUGAACAACCGUUUCUCAGGAGCAAGAAAUGAUCUGAAAAUUGAUUCUCAGCAACAACUUCUGGCCAAUAGGUCGCGAGAAUACGUGGAUGAUGAGGAGAGUGCCGAAACUGCUAGGAUUGCAGCCGAGCUGAAGCGAAGUGUCGAACAAGAGAUGGCCGAGAUUGAAGGAAAGAAACCACGUACCGAAUUAGCUGAAGCUGACACGACAUUCAAUGAAGAGACUGAGUCAGGGUGCUCCCUUACUCAUGAUUCUACUCGAAUGCAAUCUCUCAGUGCACCAGUUAGAGGUCAACCCAACGCGAAUGUUUCGGCACACUCUUCUUUGAAGUCUUGGAUUGAUCAGAAAUCUCUGUCGCUAGAUAUGAUGCACGCUCCGCGGUCAAGCGCUCAAGGAGGUCAGUCAACUUCAACUCGAACCAGCAAGCGACCGCCGCAUGUCUGUUUUGAUUGUAAUCGCGUUUUGUCAUCGGAUUACUCAUUACGACGUCAUCGGUUAACAUGUAUCGAGGCCCGAGCUAAUAGCGCGGCUCAAGCGACGGGUCCACCGGGAUGCGUGAACGCUAAUGCUUCAUCACUAGGCGAGGAGUCCGUUCAUCUACAGGAUGUUAUGCUAGGCAGUGCUUACAUUGGGAGUGACCGCAACACGGAUUCAAUGGGGAUAUCCGAUCCUAUGCUGAGCCACAUUGCUUUAUCCACACCCGUCCUUCAACAAAAUGUCCAAUUCAAUCGAUCAGCAUCUCUGAGCGGACCAGCAACGACACCAGAUGGAUGGUAUGAACGUCACUCGCUCUGUAAAACUGAUGAUGUUCCCGAUUCUACAACUAGCCAAAGAUUGGAUCGCUCGACCUCACCUGGAUUGCUACCGACAUCAGAAAGCGCGCAACCUGGUUGUCUUCAGUACACUAGAAAACAAGCGAAUUCUGGCGGAGGAAACGCACGAAGUGAUGGCUCAUCCUGUACGCAGCAACAUAAACAUCUUUGCCAAGCCUGUGGCAAGUUCUACUCCUCGGAGUGGAAUCUGGAACGGCACAGAAGAGAAUCGUGUCCGGUUAAGGGAAAGGUAUCACCUGCGCAAGAAGUUUCGGAAAAUGUUAAUGAUGAAGCCAGUGUUCAAGUUGGUCACACUUUGUUUCUCCUCUCACGAUCGGCUUUAUCUCGAGCUUCGGCAUAUUUCGCGCAGCUCUUCGCCAUGCAUGAUCCCUUGAAGGGAGAACUUCGUCUUGAACUUGAUCCUACACAUUUUCAGUCGCUUCUUGAUGUCUAUAAUAACCCCAGUAACCUCAAUCAGUAUAACAUCGACGCCGUUGUGAUUUUGGCAAAUCGACUCAAGUUUAGUACUGUCUUCGAUAGCUGUGAGAGAUACAUAGCUGAACAGCGCACAAGAAGUGAUUGGGAACUUACAAUUUUCCAGUUGCCUCAAAUCUCUGUCAUGCAUGCCAUUCGUUUGGCGGAGCAGCUUAAGCUCUCGACCAUAAAACAACGUCUUUUUGAUACAAUCUCAAUUGAUGUGUUCAGAUCUCUUGCAUCUGACGAACAGUACAAGAAAAUGGAUGCUGAAUUGAAGGCUGAACUACUUGAGAAAUGGGGCACUUUCCUGUAA